UCUUGUUGUCGUGGUCUGAUGAUGUCAUUUAUUUUGAGUCGUUUCUCUGGCGGUGCAAAACUGAGCAAAUGAGAGUCUGUCAAUGUUGCUAACGGAUUGUUCAGGGCGAUUCUCAACCAUUUAACCCAAUAUUGCUAAAGAAACUUAUUUUAUAAGACCAUGUUGAUUUUAGUUUUAUGAGUAAGUGAUGCGUAUAUAUCCAAUAUGAAGAAUGGAAGACGACGAUGUUACCAUCAGAGAACAAAAUUUCCACAGUCAAGUUCGGGAAUACAUUAUCUGCUUCCUUCUUUUUGCGGUGCUGUACAUUGUGUCUUACUGCAUCAUCACCCGCUACAAGAGAAAAAGUGAUGACCAUGAAGAUGAAGAUGCCAUAGUCAACAGAAUAUCUCUUUACCUGUGCACCUUCACUCUUGCCAUAUCAGGUGGGGCAGUUCUGCUGCUGCCCUUCUCCAUAAUCAGUAAUGAGAUCCUGCUCUCCCUGCCCAGAAACUACUACAUACAGUGGCUCAAUGGCUCUCUCAUACAUGGACUGUGGAACCUGGUCUCGCUGUUCUCCAACCUCUGUCUCUUUGUGCUCAUGCCCUUUGCUUAUUUCUUCCUGGAGUCCGAGGGCUUCGCAGGAUCUAAAAAGGGCAUUAGGUCACGCGUGUUGGAGACGUUUGUGAUGCUUUUCCUACUGGGCCUGCUCAUCCUGGGAAUAGUGUGGGUGGCCUCUGCCCUCAUCGACAAUGAUGCAGCCAGCAUGGAGUCCUUAUAUGAUCUGUGGGAGUUCUACCUGCCUUACCUGUACUCCUGCAUCUCUCUCAUGGGCGGUCUGCUCCUGCUCAUGUGUACCCCAGUGGGGCUGUCACGCAUGUUCACUGUUAUGGGCCAGCUCCUGGUCAAACCUACGAUACUGGAGGAUUUGGAUGAGCAGAUCUACUGUAUAGUCUUACAAGAGGAGGCCCUGACAAGAAGACUUAACGGCACGGCCUCCAAUUCCCACGUCCACGGCAGCAGGCAGCACCUGCACAAGGAGCUGGACAGCAUACGGAGUCAGAGGAAUAAGCUGGGUAAGAUGGACGAGCCCCAGAUCGCACGACGCCCUCCUUUCACUACAAACCACCUGAGCAAACACAACGCUAUUCCAAACUACCUGCUGGUGUCCUCUGUGGUGGGGUUUUACAGCCUCCGCAUCUUCAAGGGCCUCACGCCUCGCAAGGACGACACCACCAUGACCACGAUCAUCGGCUGCUGUGUGUCCAUCCUGGUCUUGAGCUCUGCACUCCCUGUGAUGUCCAGAACCCUGGGAAUAACCCGCUUCGACCUGCUGGGCGAUUUUGGGAGAUUUAACUGGCUGGGAAACUUCUACAUCGUCCUGUCCUACAACCUGUUGUUCGCCGUGGUGACGACCCUGUGCCUGGUGCGCAAGUUCACCUCCGCCAUCCGGGAGGAGCUGCUCAAAGCUUUAGGCUUGGAUAAACUCAACCUGUCAUACAGCCCCACCGACCCCGAGUCUGCCAAGCUGUCCAACGCCAACGGCCACCAGAAGACUCUCUAAAGAGACAACCAUCACACACACACACACACACACACACACACACUUUUACAUUUUACAGACUUAGAGACUUUUCACAUGAAUACACCCAAAUACCUGUUGGAAGUGGAAUGCGCCUCAGUGAUGGAGAGAAGCCGAACGGAUGGCGGAGGACUGGUGAGAGAUAGGCAGAGCAGAGCGCCGGCUCAGUUUGGCUCCGUCCGUACCAGGAGGAAAAGGGACCCUGGGACAGCAGUUCACCAAGGAUGGAGGAUCCAUAUAGGACACUGGUGCCCCACGUCUCAUGACACUCCACUUCUCUCCACGGAAGAAGAUGGACUGGAUGAAUGAGUGGAAUCGAGGCUCUGUGAAGACAAACUUACUUCACAGGCUUUCCUUUGUGACAGACUCACCAUUUAAUGUUUGUUUACUUUUGUUAUUUUUUUUUAUUUUAUGUUUUUAUUUUUUUUUGCACAGAUAUAUGGUAGUUGUACCAUCUUUGCUUGACCUCUAUCUUUUCUCUCUGUCUUUCCUUCAUUUGUCUCUCUAUCUUUGUUUGAAAUCCUGAAGUAUUUUCAGUGCCAGCUUAUUGUUGUUGUUGUGUGGUUUCCUGCUUUCCUCUCCUGCUUCACCCUUUGCCCACAGGGUGCAGAGGGUGGGCAUGCUCGUGCAUAUGCAACUCAUCAAUACUCAUAUGUAGAGUUGGGGAAAAAAAUACUUUUCGGAGAAGGGUACUUGUUAGAAGUUGUACGAUAUCUACAUUCUGCAGGCUAAACAGACUACACUGAAUUCCCUCAUUUUCACAAAGAUUUUACACAUGUAGGUUCAAGGUGAUGUCAGUGAGCCCAUCUCAUCAAACCAGGGUGGUUUGUGACGGCUGUUGUAGUCUCUAGAAGUCUUGUCCAACUGCACAACCAUUUCAAUACUAUUCCAUGGAGUGGCGAGGGCGUAAUGUAGUUUAGCUUUUGGGUGCUUUUUAAGCUUGCUUUGAAAUGACAUUGCCAUCAGGAAUGCUUUCAUUCAUUUUUUUCUGUGUGAUGCUUUCUACUUACCAACCAGCCUUUUUUAUCUUAAUGUACAUGCUCCCAUCUGAGCGGAAGUUGCUUAGGACACCCUCACACCUCAGAGAACACCAGUUGGUGUGUUGCACAUUAACAUGGAAGUCCCCUUCUAGUCACCUGGGGGUCCUGUUGCUGUUAUGGACCACUGGCUGAAAAUAAUUUACUAACUCGUUAAUGGUCAGUUGUCCUCCAGCUGACAAAAAUGAGCUAAUCUAACGUUAAUGUUACUGACUGAAUGUCACCACAGCAAGCAUUUACAAAGCCGUUACCCAGUGAGCCUGACCCUUACAUGCCGGCUUUGCUGGAGUAGGACUGUACUGUAUAUGGUACUGUGCACACGGCCUAGCAAGGGAGCUAGCCCUGCUGUGUUCUGAUCGUUAGGAAACAGUUUUCUCUUGCAACAUUGGGACGGGCAAGAUAACCUUGUGAGCCAGUCGGUGUCGGUGAUGUCUGUCCUGACCUUAUUGGCCAGUAAGACUGGAGCCAGAUCACAGAUCACCAAACAGCACUGCCAGCUCCACACACCCAGCCAAUGAAUGAGGAAGAAGGAAAUGUAGGAAUGCAUUGUAUUUGUUUACACUACUUGUGUGUGUAUAACAGACGGUCUCUUGAAACUCCACUGUCACGCCGUGUGUGGACUAAGAGCAAUGGGGCUUCACAGCAUAAAGGGAUGACGUGUUUACGGACUAUAAAAUUAGUCUCAUAGGUUUAGGGGUUGCAGUGGUAUUUUCUUUCUUUAUUUUUUUUCAGGCACACUUUUUUCAGUUUGUUCUGCACAUUUGAGCUGUGUGUGUGUGUCAUAGUGGUCAUCCAUAUGAUGGUCAAGAGAAACCGGAAGCUGGGUGUCAAGCUAUGCUAGUACCUCAUGCUAGAGCAAAGUUAGUUCAUGCUCUUUCUAGACAUUCCCACAGAAGACAAUUAAUGUGAAAACUGGUAUUGUUUCUGUUUUACAACUUCUUUUUUGUUUGUUUAUGUAUACUUUUGUUUGUUUAUGUAUACUUUUGCUCAUACACAAUGUGAAUAGUUCACUAUAACUCACAGUAUCAUCAUUAAUUUUUUUCACUCCUGGCUGGAAAUGAUUACCUGAAGUCAAAUCUCAUCUUCUUGUAAAUGUUGUAUUUAUGUGUAUAUAAGCCACACUUUUUGUAUUGAGCUCAUUUGAGUCUUUGAGCCUUUGUACAGCCUGUGUGUGUGUGUGUGUGUGUGUGUGUGUGUGUUUUUUUUUUUUAUUAUUUAGAUGACUCUUAUUCUGGCUGUGUGAAAAUCUGCGUUUUCUCUUUUUCAUGAAAACUUCACCUCUGAUGCCUUAACACUUGGAAGGUGUUUGCGUAUGUGGAUGUCUACGUUUAUAAGUGUAUACUCCAGAUAGGUCUGUUUUUCAUUUCAGUGUCUGUUUGUCUGUUUGUGCACUUUUUACAAAAAAAAACAAAUUCACUGUGAAGCCCUCUUGUGAAAAUGAAACGCAGUAUAACUAUAAGGCACGCCAAAUAAUAAUAAUAAAACUUGAAA